CAUUUCUUAAAUAAUCUAUUCAUUGAUAAGUAACAUUUUGAGAACAAAAAAGAAUUAAUAGUGUAGACAAAUAUGUAGAUGACUUGACAUUAGAAUCUAAUGAUAUAUAUUCAUACAAAAAUAUAAUGGAAAUAAUGAAUGAAAACUUUAUGAAUGAGACAUAACAUGAAUGAAAUGAUUCAUUUAUUUACAUUUGAAUCAUAGUGAAAAUCUAAGAACUAACUUGCUGAAAUGAAUUUGUUGAUAUAAUGCAAUAGUUUUUCUUUGUCUUUUAAAGUUACAAUUUGAGAAAUUUAAAAUAUUAUUGUACGAAAACAAAAUGAUUUUUCAACAAGAUUUCAAUACUCCUCAUAUAUUUUCACCUAUUCCAAUGACAACACCUCAACCAUUCAGUCCAAAAACGACUACUAUAUUAUCACGUGAAGAACGUAUGCGUUUACGUAAACAAGAACGUCGUAGACGUAAAUUACAAGAGAUUAAAUCUGGUAUUAAAAGAUUUAUAGCAAUGCUUUUUUCACAUAUUGGAUUAUCUGGUUUAGUUAUUGCUUAUACAAUUGUAGGUGGUCUAUUAUUUGGUGGUAUUGAACGUGGAAAAGAGAAAGAAGUUAAAACAUUAGCUUAUGAAUAUAGAAUUGAUUCUUCAAAUGAAUUUCUUCAACUUGUAUUUGGUGAACUACACAGUUAUUUAGCAAAACAACGGCAAACAUAUAAUGAUACUAUAGCAUUUUUAGAAUUUGUCAUUGAUUUUUUGGAAAAAGAAAAGCCAAAGAAAAAAACGUAUUCUGUGGAAAAUAUAACAGACAACUUGGAUUAUAGAGAUAUAAAUCAUGAAAACAAUACGGAAAUUUUAAAUACUACUGACUUGAUUAAUAGAAGUACAUUUAAUAAUUUUGAAAAUAUCAACUUGAAUACUUCGAUGAAAACAAAUUAUUUCAAUAACUUAAGUAAACUGAAUACACCAAAGAAUUCAGUAGGAUUAUAUUAUAAAAAUGUAACCAAUACAGUAAACGAAUUGGAAUUAGACAAUAUACGAGGUGAAUACUCAUUAAAAGCUCAAUUUGUUUUAUUAUUACGUGGUCGUGUACAAAUAGCACUUAUGGAGUUCACUAAACGUGUUGUUGAUUUCAUCGAAACUGAUGGUUGGAAUGGUAAUGAUUCAAUGGAAGAUUUAAAAUGGUCCUUUGCUGGUUCUGUCCUUUAUGCCAUAACUGUAAUCACAACAAUUGGUUAUGGUCAUGCUACUCCAAAAACAAAUCUAGGCAAAUUUAUGACAAUAAUUUAUGCAUUAAUUGGAAUCCCAUUAAUGUUCUUAUAUCUUUCUAAUAUUGGUGAUUAUUUAGCUGAUAUAUUUCGUGUAAUUUAUUCACGUACAUGUAGAACAAGUUGUGAACGAUUUUGUUCUGCUUCAAUAUUUAAUAAUCAUAAUAAUAAUAAACAAAUAGAACAAAUGAAUAAAUUUAUAAAUAAUAAUAGUUUACAACAAAAUGAACCAGUUGAUAAUGAUCCAAUUGUAAAUCCAACACAUUCACAUGGUCGUCGACGUAAACGUAUUCUUCUUCCACCAUUCAAUACAAAAAUGAAUGAUUAUGAUACUUCUAUGAAUAAUAAUAAUAACAAUAAUAAUAAUAAUAAUUACAAUCAUAUUAAUAAUAAAGUUAAUUGUACAAAUAAAAAAACAAAAAAUGACUCGGUCAAUUUAAAUGAAAUUGACAAUAAAACCAAUGUAACUAUGGAAGCAACAACCACAACAACAACAUCAAGUUUUAAUAAUAAAAAAAUAAAAUUAUUUCAUUAUUUAAAAAAUAAACAAUUUUUUAUAAAAUUUUUAACAUAUUCACAAAAAUCUUGUGCAUUUAUUAAAAAAUCUUGUAUGUUACCACUUGAUCGAUCAAAUAAUACAAUUGCAUUAACUCAAAAAGCUAAAAAUUAUCUACAUGAAUUAUUUCAUCCACCAUUUAGUUGGUUACAAAAAAUGAUGAGAACUAUAAUUUGUAAAAAUCAAUUUAAAUCUUCACCAGUAUCUAUGAAUGAUAAUACAGAUAAUAAAUAUAUAAAUUAUCCAAAUAUUUUCUUUCAAAAUAUUCAUCAAGGAUCAGAAUUUGAUUUAAUGCAUAAUAAUCCAAUAUCAACUAUCAAUUCAAAUACAAUAAAUAAUAUCUCACAUCAAACUACUACACUUAAUAAUCAAAUAGAUAUCUUAUCAUGUAGAACAACUGCAUUAGUUGAAUCGAAUAAUUUCAAUGAUAAUAAUCCAUCAACUCAUUAUUAUGAUUCAAAACAAUUAUAUGAACAAUUAACUAAAAAAAACAUUCUAUCUAAUCAAACAAUGAAAUAUAAACAUUAUAGUACACUUCCUUUAGUAACCAAUAGUUUAAAUAAUACAUUCAAUUCUAGUGGUUAUAUAUUCACUUCACCUAAAUGUAUAUCAACAGUAGAAACGUUACCAAUAUUUAAUCAAUCGAAUUUAUAUCAUUUACAAAAUGAUUCAACAAAAUAUUUUACAUAUGAUGGACAACAUCGUAAAUUCUAUUUAAUGGCACGUUAUUUACGUUCAGCACAAAGACAACGUAGACAUAAACGACGUGUACAAAAACGUCUUCAAGAACAAGAACGCUCUGAAAAGAAAAGACUUGAAAAUGAAAAACUAUAUGGUACAUUAUUUAGUCAUCAGAGUAAUCAAAUCAUUGAUGAUAAGAGACAAAAUAUACAUAAAAUAAAAUCUUUAACUAACAUCUCUGAUGAUAAAGCUUCAACUGGUUCAACCAUACUCAGUGGGUCUGGUAUGGAAGAUUUUAGUGAUGGAAGAAUACGUUUAUUAUGCUGGAAAGAUAUUGAUAUUGAUUUAGAAGUACGAUCAAUAGAUGAAAAUUACGAUGAUAUACAUGGCCUAAAGAAUAUUGAAAAUACAAAGGACUGGAGCACAAAAGCAACAGUUGAUGGUGCAACUGUGAUAGUAAAUAUGAAUGUCUCGGAGCCGAUAUCUCAUAUGAAUAAAAAACGCUCGAUAAAAUGUUCUAUGAGUAAAAUAAGAUGUAAUCACAAUUGUUGCAAGACUCAUAAUUCAAAAUCAUAUAUCAGUCUUCAACAGUCUACUCAAAAUAACCUAUCCUUAGUGCAUACUAUGACUGAACCAAAAAAUGAAACACCAAAGUACUGUACAAUGCACAAUACAAUCUUAAGUUCAUAUCCACAAACACCAUUUGAAGUGGCAUGCCCAUCAUCUAAACCUUUUCACAAAUUAUUAACACAUUCGAUUUCUACAUCAGAUAAAGAAAAGCUUUAUGAUGUGAAACCAUUAUCAAACUCAAUUAGACCCAAUCCUGCAGCUAUACACAUGUCGUAUCAUCAAAUACCUAUGAAUAAACUCAAUGUUUCAAAAUCAGGUUUAUCAAGCCUACCAAUACACAAUUCACUCCAACAAAAACAAACUUCACAGAUUCCGACUACUUCUGCAAGUAGAGCUAACAUACCACCUAAACUGAAUCAAAAUUUAAGCUUUUUUCCAACAGUCACUUUACCCAAUUCCUUUCAUUACUCACAACCUAAUCAGUGUUCUACGAUGUCUUUCCUUCCUGAAUCCCAUAGUUUACAACCUGAUUCUUUUCAAAGGCUCUUACAAUCCACAGUAAUUUCCAAUCCAUUUGCAACAUGUGAAGAUGUUUCACGCGAUAUAAAACCUGAACAACUGGGUAGAUCGCGUCUUUCAUUAGCGUCAUCACGUGGCGAUUUAGACAGCGAAAUAGUUGUACAGUUAAGUUAUUACUCCCAACGUGGUAGUAAACAAUCAGAAGAUUUAUCAUUUUUUUCUUAUCGUGAUGGCUUUUCUGCAGAAGAGGAUGUAUCCAAAGUGACUGUACCAAUAAGUUUAUCACUAGUCAUUAUGACAACUUACAUACUUAUUGGAGCUAUUGUAUUUUCUAUAUGGCAAGAUCCAGAUUAUCUAAAAUGGUCAUAUUUUUGUUUUAUUACAUUAUCAACAAUUGGGUUUGGAGAUAUAGUUCCAGGCAAGUUUGAUUAAACAGUAAUUUUUUUAUCUUGAUAGACCGUACUGAAUGUAUACUUGUCAUUUCAUUCUUAAGAUAACUUCAUUAUGGUCAACUGUAACUAUUUUUUUAAUGAGCUGACCUAUCUAAUACAUACAGAUUGUUGAAUGUAGUUCACCAAUUAACAAUUAAUUACUGGAACGCUUCAUUCCUUUCUAUGAUUCAUUAUAACCAAACACAUUAAAAAUAUUAAGAGAUCAUCAUCGAGGUACCAAAAUUGAUUCAACUAAUCCAAAGGAAAAAAUGAUUAUCAUUUGUUUAUAUGUCGCUAUUGGUUUAUCAGUGUUUGCAAUGUGUUUCAAAUUAAUGCAAGAAGAAGUUGUUGAUAAAAUGAAAUGGUUCGCAUUAAGAAUUGGCAUAUUGAAACGUAAAGAAACAACAGACACUACUGAUAGAUCAUUAUAUCCUAUGAGUAGAAUUUGAUUUUUUUGUUGUGCAUUUCUAUACAUAAAUAUCCUUAUUUAUACAUAUUAAAUUACCAAUUCUGAUGGAAUAUAUUACUGAAAUGUUUUUAACCAAAAUCAUAUAUAUAUAUAUAUAUAUAUAUAUAUAUAUAUAUAUAUAUAUAUAUAUAAAAGAAACAAUUUUCAAACUAUUGUAUAUAGAAAGAAAUAUGUAGUGGUUACAAGUGCAUUUAAAGAAUGAGUAAAUAUACGUACAUAUAUAUCUGGUAAUUCUACUUUUCUCAACUAUAAAUAUACAUUUAUAAUUGUUUAAUUGUUCAUUAAGUGAUAAUUCAUUGAAGGGAUUCUCAUAUUGGUUGUUGAAAGUUAAUUUACACAAAAGAUGUACAAUGAAUGGUGAUAAUAAAUUAGUUAAGUAGAUAUCAAAUGUAACGUUGCUUCUCUGUCUUGUUCCUGAAAUCUUAUACCUGGACCGAUAGGGUUCUUGAAGUAGUAAAUACUAGACAAGUAUCAACACUAAGUGAUCAGUUAUUACAAACAUCUCAUUCCUCCAUGAGUUCAGGUGUAACCUAAAUAUCUCAGCAGUGAUAUCUACAACUAUGACCUGUGAGAGGUAUAUUCAAUUCCCAUGAAGGUAUAGGUUCCUUUGAGAUUGUUAGUGAGUUUUUAGUGGUCCGAUAUAUGACUCCAGUUCGAUCGUAUGAAUGCUUGUUAUUGAAAUGUACAUACCGCCAACCCUCGUAUAUGAUUAUUGACUUAAAUUGCGUUAGUGAAUAAUGGAAUUAAAUAAGUCAAAUACUAAAAUGGAGUUUGAAUACUAAUUUUUCGUACACUCAUUAACCUGAACAGACAAUCAGGGGGAUGAAGCAAAAGCGGUGAAGGAAGUGAAGAGGAGAGAGUGAAACGAAUCGGAGAAAACAUUUGAACCAUCUCGAUUUAACCAAGUGUAAAAUGAUAUUCAUAAUCAAACAAAAAUAAGCUACAGACAUGUGAUGAGUAGGAUAAGCAAUGUACACACAUACGCUCACACAAAAAUAGUCAAGGUUGAUAAGCGAACAGUUAACAAGAUCAAAAUGUGACUCAAGAAGUAUGAAUAAAUUGGUCUAUCUAAAAGCAAUAAGAACCGAUGCCAGCUUGACACGGUACUAGACACCACGGGUUAUGUUGACGGUUGUUUAGAUCCAGGGCAUCUUGCUGAUUACUCCCAACCACUAAACACUCAAACUUAGAUCACGUGAUUCUGAGUAACAGGAACUGGUAGACACAUUACGACAUGGUCGACUUGUAACC